AUGCAUUCUCGGCAGGUCGAGAAGGGCGCAAGAUCUGCUCUUCUAGAUCAUCCGGGAGAGCGAGGUCGCCCUUGCGGCGAUGGCCAGCCGUAUCGCGUCCCCGACGCUCCCAACUGGGUCGGGGACCUGGAUGGAACCGCGGCCAUAACGUGGACGCCAGCCUUGGGUGCCGCCGGCGUCCUGCUCGAUCGUGGCAGCGGCUUCUUCGCGGUCGAGUGGGCUGGAGUAGCGGUGGUAGCGGUCUACGUUUUCCCCAACAUUGACCUGGCUGCGUUCGAGGACUUCCUGGACCGGGUCGAAGAGUGCGUCGGAAGAUGCCUUCCCCGCCAGGUGCUCGUCCUCGGGGAUUUCGACGCCCACUCGACGCAAUGGGGCAAUCCCAGAACCAACUCUCGGGGAAGGAUACUCACCGAUUGGGCAGCGGGCCUCGGGCUCCUACUGGCAAACAGAUCUCUGCGAGCACCUGCGUGGCGUGGAGAGGAUCCUCCGUAG